AUGUCGUACGAUCGGUAUCUAGCAAUCUGCCACCCCCUCCGCUACGCUGCUCUGAUGAACGGCCGGGUGUGUAUCCAGCUUGUGGUGGCAUCCUGGAUAAGUAGCCUUCUGGGCUGUGCCCUUGUACAUAUUUUCUUUUUCCAGUUAACAUUCUGUGAUUCAAAAGAAAUUGACCAUUUCUUCUGUGAAUUCGCAUCCAUGCUACCGCUCUCUUGUAGCAGCACCCGGAUUCUGCAACUGGUGGCAUUUACUGAUGCUGCCAUCGUGACACUUGUACCUUGUGUAAUGACUCUGGCGUCCUACGUUUGUAUCAUCGCCACCAUCCUAAAAAUCCCUUCCACCACUGGGAAACAAAAGGCCUUUUCCACCUGCUCCUCCCACCUCAUGGUGGUGACACUUUACUAUGUGAUCAUAUUUGCUAUCUAUGUGGUUCCAAUAGUCAGCACUCCCAAAGUAUCGCAAAAAGUAUUUUCUGUCUUCUGCACAGUCCUGAAUCCCAUGAUCAACCCCAUCAUCUACUGCCUGAGAAACAAGGAGGUCAAUGAAUCCCUGAGAAAAGUUCUUCAUAAACUGGUUGCUGUCAGACACAGAAACAGAAUUUGA